AUGACUGAGGAGAAACCGGCUGCAAAAUUUCUACUCUGUAAUGAAGAAAUUGGACGUUGUCCAUCUCCCGAACUUUUCCCUGAAAAAAUACCUGGUGUUUGGGAUCUGAAUAGAACAAUGACGUCGUAUUUAACAGAAGAAAAGCAGAUUCGUUUUCGAACUGAAUUGGAUCCGAAGGAUGUUCGUCUAGUAAAUGAUCUUGGCCAACUCAGUCCUGAUCAGUUGAUGGAAUAUGUUAAAAAGUUGCAAAAUAUCGCGUAUACUGUUGGUCUUGAAGAGGGUUUAUUUUUAUUAUCAUUUUAA